AUGCAAAGUCAGUGGCACUGGUGCAAGUCGCCCGUGACACGCGUGACGUUCCGAGGCCAGCGCGUGCACGUGAAGAGGGAUGACGUGUUCCAUUUAGCAGGCAAUAAGAUGCGCAAGCUGUUCUACCUCAUCAACCAGAGCGACGCGUUCUAUGCUGACGCGCACUUGCUCAGCUUUGGUGGGUCACAGAGCAACGCCAUGCUGGCGCUGGCUCAACUGGCCCAUGCACGAUGCAUGCCCUUCACUCACUUUAGUCGAGAGCUGCGGCUCCAAACGGAGAUGCCCGACACUUUGGAGGGAAAUCUGUCGGUGGCGAAAGCGCUGGGCAUGCAGCACGUACAGCUUCACGUAGAUGCGUAUCAGCAUCUGGCACGGACUCGUGAUUUCGCAGCGGUUCUCGACAUGAAUCAGCGUCCUCCACCAGGCACGAGGAAUCUGUACGUACCUCAAGGAGCAGCGUUUCCAGAAGCCCAGGACGGUGUGAAGCUGCUAGCGGAUGAGGUCAAUGAGUACGUUCAGACGCAGUAUCCGGACAAGUACUUCUCCGUUGUAGUGCCCUGCGGCACCGGCACUACUGCGCUGUACUUGGCACAGCAUCUGCAGCCAGAGAUUAAGUUGUUCGCGAUCCCUUGUGUCGGCGAUACAGCGUACUUGCAGCAGCAGUUCCAACAGCUUAUCGAGCAGGACCCGUCGUUGCACUCGACGACAGCAGUGCUGCCACGCGUGAUUAAACCCACGAGGAAGAGCCGCUUUGGACGACUGUGGUGGCCCCUGUAUGAUAUGUACCAUGAAGUGCUGCAAGAGACGGGGGUGAACUUUGAUCUCGUGUACGGAGCUUUUGCUUGGCAUACGCUGUUUUCAGACGAAGGAGUGCUUGAUGAGGUAUUGCAAGGUCGACAUGAGAUAAGUGUAGCGUCAACCGAGCACGAUUCGGGUGACAGGCACCAACGAGAGCUGCUGUACAUUCACACAGGAGGCACGUCGGGCAAUGCCUCGAUGCUAGCGAGGUACGCGUACAAGAAGAAACUGGAGUAA